UGGUGCACCCCGUGAUACAUUUCUCUAAUCAGAUUUCCUCGAGAUUUAUUGGGAAAGCGUGAAACGCUUGCAGUAAAAACGGUCCUUUAGUUGCCUGAACAUCUGCACUGCCCUCUGCAGGUCAUUUUUUUGGUCUCGGUUUGAAAGAGUUAUAUUUUCUAUUUUUAUUUAUUUUCUUUCUUUUGUAUGACUUCGUCUCAAAAUGGAAGAGUACGCACGUGAGCCAUGCCCCUGGAGAAUUGUAGAUGAUUGCGGUGGAGCUUUUACAAUGGGCGCCAUUGGUGGAGCUGUUUUCCAAAGCAUAAAAGGGUUUAGAAAUGCACCUUCGGGAACAACCAGAAGGCUUCAAGGUAGUUUAGCUGCAAUAAAGCAAAGAGCUCCUAUUGUUGGAGGUAAUUUUGCUGUUUGGGGAGGUGUCUUCUCAACUAUUGACUGUACACUGGUUCAUAUGAGAAAAAAAGAGGAUCCCUGGAAUUCUAUAGCAAGUGGUGCAUUGACUGGUGCUAUUUUAGCUGUCAGGAAUGGAACUGGUGCAAUGGUUGGCUCUGCUGUUAUUGGUGGUGUUCUUCUUGCACUGAUUGAAGGUGUAGGCAUCUUAUUUACUCGUUAUUCAGCAGAACAAUUUAAACCAAUGAACCCCCAAAUGGAAGAUCCAUCUCAGUUAAAUACAGGAGGUAUAUUUGGUGGUGCAGCAAAUCCACAAUGAGUGUUAUAUUGUAGAUACGUGUAUGAAUAUUCAUCCUUUCAUCUGUAGUAAAAUAUUGUACAGUUUUAUUAAAGGGCAUACCAUUAUGGAAUGCAUUAUCAUUUAUUAUGCAUUGUAAUAUAUAUAUAAUAAAUUGUUGUUAAAUGAU